AUGAAAUCACUAUCCCAAAGGCGACGCGGCCAUAGGAGAAGAAUCACUAUCACUAUCCCAACGUCGUCGGACGUUGGCGGUCGGCAACGACAAGGAGAAGGUGGGAGGCGGAGGGCUUGGUGGAGAGCAGAUCGCGGGGGCGAGGGAGAGGGAUCCAGCAGACGGACGAAGGGGGAGAGGGCACUAGGAGGAGGAGGGAGAGGGAUAGUGGAGACGAGUCGACGACGGAGAUGGAGGAACCAGAGGCGAAGGCGAAGAGACCGAGGGACUAAGAUCGGCGGAAGUUGUUGCGGCUUAGAGGACCAGAGAGAGUAG